AUGGAAGAGACUAGACAACUGCCUGGAGGAAUUAUCGAACUUGCUCCUCGCACAGGAGUGUCGUUCCUCAUCAACAAAGGGCAACGUUUGAUAGUGACAGAUCCAAAGGGUGGUCAAGUCUCCGACCUUGUGGCAUUUAAUCGGCAUGACAAAGACGAAGUCAUUUCCAAUGGGCGCACCUUUGACUAUGCAGACACGAUAUAUCUGACAACAGGCCAUCCGUUGUAUUCCAACCGCAGCAAUGUCAUGCUCAGAAUUGUCGACGAUACUUGUGGACGCCAUGACUUCCUGCUUACGCCUUGUUCCAAAGAUACCUUUCGCAUCAUAUAUGGGCACAAGGAGCCACACCACGGAUGUUUCGGCAAUCUUUCGCUAGCGCUAGGGAAACACGACAUCGCACCGGAUCGUAUCCCUUGCGCCUUCAAUUGUUUUAUGAAUGUGCCUGUGGAUGGCAAGACAGGAAAAUUCACAGUAGACCCACCCGUCAGCAAGGCUGGCGAUCAUGUCGACUUUAUCGCAGAGAUGGACCUUAUUGUUGCGAUCACUGCCUGUUCCGCCGGCAAAUCAAACGGCGGCAGCUUCAAGCCCAUUCAGUAUCAGAUAGUUUGA